UUGGAAUACAUUUGAUUUGUUAUUGGUUUUCGAAUCAAUCAAUGGACAAGCACCCGAAAACACCUGCUUGCAAACGCAAGAUCUAUAAACAACAAGAGAACAACACGCAAGAACGGAAAAACAAACCAGACCCCAUGUGACGUCAUUACCAUGGUACCACAGAACAGCGCAUGCUACUCAAAGAGAGCAAGAAAUCAUGUACUGAAAGCACGAGUUCAGUAAGGACUAGUAGCUAGCUAGCUAGCUACCUCUCCACUGAAACCCAAAGUCACCAUGGGGAGCCGAAAUGGUAGGAGGCAACGGAGAAAGAGAAGACGGGACAAUAGUGAGAACGUCGAUCGAACUGUGAACCUGUGCCACGACUCUAGGUAUGUGGAACUAAGGAAGUGGCUGAAGGAACGAAGCUUUAACAACAAAUAUUUGAUCCCAGCACAUUUCUCAAACACUGGGAGAGGACUCAUGACCACAAAGGCUAUAUCGACUGGCGGUCUGGUCGUGUCCCUGCCGGAAAGCUGUCUGAUGACCUCACACACUGUCCUUAGCAGCUACCUGGGUGAAUACAUCAAGAGGUGGAAGCCGUGUGUGUCUCCCGUGUUAGCCCUCUGUGCCUUCCUCAUCUCUGAGAGACAUUUGGGGCCAGGGUCACGGUGGAAGCCAUACAUUGAUGUCCUCCCCAAAACCUACACGUGUCCUGUCUAUUUUUCUGAUGAUGUCAUCAGCCUGUUGCCGGGAGACCUACGGAACAAGGCUUUGGAUCAGAGGGGCACGGUCUUGGAGCUGUUCUCCUCCUCUUUGCCAUUUUUCCGUUCACUGCAGCCCCUUUUCAAGCGACCCGUGGAGGAAAUUUUCACCCACGAUGCACUGCGGUGGGCGUGGUGCAGUGUGAAUACGCGCACUGUGUACAUGGAGCACCUGCAGAGCCAAUUUCUCUCACGGGAGAGGGAUGUGUACGCCCUGGCCCCAUACCUCGAUCUGCUGAACCACUCUGCCUCUGUGCAGGUGGAUGCUGGGUUCAGCCAGGCAACGCGGUGCUACGAGAUUCGCAGCAGACAGGGCUGCAGGAAGUUCCAGCAGGCCUUUAUCUGCUACGGUCCCCAUGACAACCAGAAGCUCCUGCUGGAGUACGGUUUCGUUGCCCCGGGAAACCCCCACAGCGUGGUGUAUGUGGAUCCAAGUGACCUGCAGAUCUGUCUCUCUGGAGCAGUCCAGCAGUUUGCCCAGAAGCUGUUGUUCUUGAAGCAGUAUGGUUUCUUAACAAACCUGACUUUUGGGCUGGACGGAGCAUCCUGGAGGUUGAUGACUGCGCUCCGAUUGCUGUCCCUCAAACUGGACCAGUACUCAUGCUGGAAAGGUGUCCUAUUGGGGGCAGCAGUGAGUCAAGACAGGGAGGAAAGGAGUGUUCACUUGGCCAGGGUGUUGUGUCAGCACCUCUGGGAUGAAAAUACCAAAGCACUGCAGAGGCUGUCUGUUCUGAAGCAAGAAGGAGGGGCCUCUAUGAGGGAACAGCUAGCUGUGGUGGAAUGUCUCAGACUAGAGGCGCAGGGAAUUCUGGGACAUUCGCAGGAAGCGCUGAAGAAUCUCAAGGAGGACGCUCUGCCCAGUGAUGUAUCUCCACCCACAGAGGAUUGUGUAUAACCAGGCUGGCUGAAGGAGGAAUCUUCUCUCAAUAUUGGAGCCAACCCAUUGUAGGGUGCCUGGUGCACCCUGGGUAAUGUUCCAGGUCAGUGGACCAUGAGGUGUGAGUACAGCUUUCCAGUGUCCAAGUUAAGUAGACGUGUUCAUCUGGAAUGAAAAUGGAGGACAAUGUGGGUCUGGGUUUGAGAAAAGGGAAAGGCCUGUUGAUGCCCACUUAGGACCUGGGGAAUUUUAGUAUUGGAGUUCAGCCAUUGUCUUCAGGACUCACUGUGCUGAUCCUUCAGUUUCCAGGACUGUGAAAAGGGCUAUUGUCACAUCAGUUUUUAAGUUCCUGCAUUUGUCCUGUAGGUGGCACUAUGGGAACACAUUAUGGUAUUCAUCUUUCGUUCAGACAGUAGGUGGACGUGGACCUGUGUUUUGAAGUACACAUUCAAUUUCUAACCUCACAAAUUCACGCAGUUCUGAUCAACAUAGGUGAAUUUGAACUCAACAUAGAUGGUCCUAGUUAAUAUAUUUAGCGUCAUCUCAGAAAUAGAAUACAACUGGCCCAAUUUAAGUUAAGUUUUAAUAGUUAAAGUAAAAUUUGAAGACAUAAAAGUGUCUCAUAAUGGUUCUGGUCAAGUAUGUUGGGAAAGCAAAACACUUUUUUGCUAAUAAGAUUUGUGUAAGCUGCAUCAUGCAAAGACGUCUGAGAAAACGAAUCAAUCUUUUUCUUUUGGUGGUAGAGGGGAGCAUGCAUUAAUGCGUUUCAUUUUCUUUCCUACCAAAUAUGCAAGAAUAUGUGGGGAAUUAGUAUAAAUUUCUGUCUCUUGCAUGCUUUUGACAUGGAAUAGUGCUUGGUGCAGCAGCCAUAAAAAUAUACAUUUUAGAGCAGAGCUCAAGAAACUGGUCUGAGUGAAAAUCCCAUCCACUGCCUGAAAACAUGCUUAUGGCCCGCCACUGAGCUGGAUAUGGACUGUGGUUGUCAUGUGGGGGUGAGUCAGCAGGAAGUGUGGGGGAUAGAGGGACUUUCCUGUGGGGUGGUUGUGGAGCAGAGAUGGAGAUGGGGCACAGAGAGAAGGGGAGGGGGGAAAUGCCUGCACACUUCCUGUACCCCUCCUCCAUGCAAAUCCCUUUAAUCUUCAACCACACCAGGGGUGCACAACUACGGUCCAUGAGGGCCAGUCUGUGUACUGGUUUUUGUUCCAAACAAUUGCUGACAGCGCUAUAAAUUACCCUGGUUCAAGCCUGGUACUUGAGCACAGUAAAAUCAUUAUGAUACACUUGCAGUCUGCAGCUGUAGACGGUAGUCAUACACGUCAGAUAAGAUGUGAUUGAGUCAAUUAAAUAGAGACCAGAAGUUGGCACAAAAUCCUGAAACAGAUCGGCCCUUGUUCUGCACCCCUGAAAAACACACACUCGGGAGAUGAAAAGCUGGACUAUGGGGGUGUAAUGGCUUGGGGGAUAUAAGUCCAAGCAAUCCAUCUUCACUUAGGUGUUACAGUUGAGACCUGCCUUGGGGCUACAGAUAAGUUUUUCAGCUGAAGCACUGUUGUACAGCGCUCCCAUUUUAGGAGCACUUGGUCCUGAACAUUGAUGCGUGCUAAAUGGAGCACAUCUACUAAUUGGGAUGCUUUGGUUUGAUAUUUUUCAACUUGAGAGCAUGUGCUCCGUGAAAAAUAAAAGGUCCAUAAAGCUGGUCCAGUUGACUGAAUGAGCUGACUUUCCUAAUGAAAAUCAGAAAUUAUACAUUAUCUGAAUUUUUUUGCUGAUAGAACAAAGUAACCUGCUAAAUACUGGGUUCCGAGUCGCUCACAAUUCAAGGUCAUGGCAGUUGUGAAAUUGUAGGGUUACUGCAAGAGGAAUUAAUGGCAUGAACCCAAGACCUGAUAUAUUCUUAAUGCAGUUGGACAUUCAUGUUGUCGGAAGCAUAUUUGUAUUCUAUGCAUGCUCUAAAUGAGGAAUUAAAUGAUCUGUCAUGAUAAGGGGCUGAUCCAUCGCAAAUCUAUGCUUGAAGGUCAUUUUUAAGUCAUGUUACUUUCAUGAUAGGUUUUAGGUCCUCUGCCAGUUUUUAUUUUCAAUGUCUGUUUUUGGUUUUGGCAGUUUUGCAAUAAAGGAUAUGUUUGCGUAA